UUGUAUACAUAGUGAUUACUGAUUAGUGACAAACUCUCCUCCCUCAGUCGGAGAGGGAAAGAGUUGUAUUGAAAAACCAUAAUCCGAUUCCGACUAAAACUCCUAUAAGUCAAUAAUUGUGAAAAGGUUCGAUAAGAAAGAGAAACGAGACCAUGACUAUGAUUAUGGAUUUCGAAGAAGCUACGGGCAAUGCUGGAACACCUGAUAUUGAAGUUUCGGUUAUUAAAGAUCAAGGAAUAUGCCCCCAUGUUGAUAAAGGAAUCGACCUGGCUAAACUUUCCGCAAAACUCCGUCGUUCGGAGUCUUUUAAUUGUGAAUGUUCGGAUUCAAAUUCGGGUUAUAAAUCAAUUUGGAUUUGUUUGGAGUGCGGUUGUUUCUCGUGUGGAGAUUUUGUGAUACCCGUUACACCCGGUAGCCAUGCUGUUCUCCACGCGAAACGGAGUGGUCAUCCGUUAGUUGUCCAUUACAGAAACCAUAAAAAAUUGGUUUGGUGUUUCCCUUGCAACAAAUUAAUCACUUCCGAUAGAGACAAUAAAACAAGAAAGGUACUAAACAAGGUUGUCAGAAUUAUGAGAGGGAUGUCGGUUGAAGGACUGUCCUUUAAUGUCGAGGAUGUCUGGUUUGGGAGUGGCAGCGCGACGAACGAUGUAAAAUCGGAAUCUUGUUUAGGCUGUUCGGUGAGGGGUUUAGUUAAUUUGGGGAACACGUGUUUCUUUAACUCGGUGGUGCAGAAUCUACUCGCUAUUAAAAGCUUGCGUGAGUAUCUUUUCGGACUGAACGGAUAUUACUUGGGCCCACUAACAUAUGCUCUGAGGAAUCUUUUCUUCGAAACGAGUGGCGAAGAAGCUAGCUUAACAAGCGCGAUGAAUCCCGGAUAUUUAUUUUUCAGUCUCUGCACGAGGGCUCCGGAGUUUAAUGGAUAUGGGCAGCACGAUAGUCACGAGUUGCUCAGAUGCUUGCUUGAUGGUCUGUCGGCCGAAGAAUUGAGAAGAAGAGAUGUUGUUAAAUUUCCGUCGGUGGGUCCCACAUUUGUCGAUGCUAUUUUUGGAGGGAAAAUCUCAAGCACCGUUAGUUGUUUGGAAUGUGGGCACUCGUCGACUAUUCACGAACCCUUUUUGGAUCUUUCUUUGCCCGUUCCGACCAAGAAGCCUCUCGCCAAACAGGUCCCGCCUUUUUCCGUCUCUGACCAAUCAAGUGGUGACAGGUGGACUGUACCGCAGGCGCCCGAACAAUUUGCCGAUCCGGACACUAUGGCACUUGAUAUGGGUUUUACAGCUGAAGAUAUUUCAGCUAUUCAAAAGCCGAAAAAACAGCAAGAACCAGUAGAGAGUUUCGAAGACAAGUCCCAUGAAACUAAUGUUUCCUUAACGGAUGCUGAAAUUUCAGCAAUACGAGGUUUCGCGAACAUAGAUAUUCCUCAGAAUCUUGUCUCGCCGUCUUCUACUUUGAAAUGUACGACCGAAAGCGACUCGGUAAAUACCGUUUCGGCAAGCCCAUCCGAUAAUUCCAAGCAUCUUAAUAACUCAAUCGAAGAUUCAAACACAUCACAGAUUCAAGAUUCCAAGAAAGAUGAAAUUAUGGAAGAACAAGAUUCCUUAAAUUUCGAUGGAUUCGGAGGUUUAUUUGAUGAGCCAAGUGAAAGUAUCGACACACGCGUUAGCACUGAGUCUGAUCCGGAGGAGAUUGAUCCAACCGCCUCUGUCGAAAGCUGUUUGGAAUGUUUUACAAAGGCGGAGAUUCUUGCCAAAGAAGAACACGCCUGGCAAUGCGACAACUGUUCGAAAGUUUUGCAGGAACAAAGAAAUCGAUUAAAGAGGACACUUUCAAUGUCUGAAUUAGAAGAAACUACCACAGGCGGUGCUUCGGUGAAAUCCGAGGAUUUGAAAGUGAAGAGGGAUGCACGCAAGAGAGUAGUCAUAAGCAACGCUCCUUCGAUCUUGACCGUCCAGUUGAAUAGGUUCCGACAAGAUCAUGGGGGGCAAUUUAGUAAAUUGAACGGCCAUGUCCACUUCGGAGAAACGAUGGACCUCAAACCGUACAUGAACCCCAGGUGCGACGAAGGAGCAAAAUUGGAAUACCGAUUAGUAGGGGUGGUGGAGCAUAUAGGAAGCAUGAGGGAUGGGCAUUAUGUUGCAUAUGUGAGAAGCAGUGAAGAUUGUGUUUGGUAUCAUGCAAAUGAUGCCUAUGUGUGUGAGGCUUCUUUGGAGCAUGUUUUGAGCUGCCAAGCUUAUAUUUUGUUCUACGAACGAGCUUGAGCAA